AUGAAGGUUCUUUCAGCACUACUAUGGGCGGUCUGCUUGGUAAGGUUAUGCAGUGCAGGGUGGUUUGAUUGUCUUGGAGGUAGCAAAACUGUUACUCUUGACCUUGCAAGUCCUGAUAAGGACAAGUUAAAUAUGACGACAAAGGAUGAUAAAGAAUUAAAAAGUAUUACAUACGAACCGAAGAGUGGCCAUAUCUCCUCGGUUGUUGAUGCUGGCAAGGAGUUAUGGAAACCUGAAGUUGGUCAAAAGUGUCUAUUAGCAAAAUUCUUAUCAAAAGGGAGUUCUUCACUACUUGUACUCUUUCUUGAAACUUCUGAUAAGUACUUUGAGAAGAAUGAUAACGGUGAAUGGAUAUCUAUUGAGAAGAAAGAUUAUGAAAAGAAACUAGAUGGUCUCAAGAGUGGUAUGACUACUACCUCUUCCUCUGGAUCAUUAUUUGCACUAUGGUGA